UAUCAUCAUGAAAAUCGCGCAAGGACUGUCAUCGGUUAGCUGUAGGAUCACCAGCUAUCUCUAAGUCCACGUUAAGGAUUACAAGUCGAAAAGCAGUAGAAACGAUGAAUGCAAGCAGCUUCUGGGGUACCUUCGACUUACUGCUGGGCCGUGAAGCACGGAAAAACGGUGGCCAGGAUGCGCUCAAGGUGGCCCACUGGGUGUCGGCGUACGCCGGUGUGCGGAAAUUGCCGGGAUCGACUUUCGGUGACGACAGCAGCCGCACCGCCGGCGGUUUUCAUUCAACAGGAAACGAUGGAUUCACUGCCCUUUCGAGCGUCAUCGGUGGUGGUGCCGGGUUUCCAUCGAUUUCUUGUCAGCCGUCGGCAGUCGAUGGUGGCAAUCAGCUGAUCGUGCCGGGCACGGACCAAAACAACAAACUGCCGCCGGGCAAGGGAACCAAGGCACGCGCCCGGAAGCCUCGAUUGGUGAAGCAGCUCUCCGCCAGUAAACAACAACAGCCGACAGCCGAUGGGGAAGUGUUGCCAGCCGAAUAUCUGGGACCGAUGAUUGAGUACACUGUAAAUCUCCCACGCGUCACUGCACAAUUGGAGAAACUGAUGGGAACCAACGUGGUGCGGCUAACGGACCGGAAGUACAUGCAGGAUCUGCAACGACGCAUUCAGGAAGAUUAUAAUGUCACCCUGGAGAAGCGCAUCCAAGAAAGGGAGUAUCAAGAGCUGGAGAGACAGAAGUAUCUUAUCCUGAAUGGGAAAUACAAUCGCCACAACUGUCCGAAACGGUUGAUUCCUUUGCACAGUAUUGUUCUGGCAAAGGAACUCGACCGUGAGCGUAGUUUGAUUCUGUCGGGAGCAGGAGAUGCCAUCCCGCAGGAUUUCAGUAGUUCCGUCUUCAGUGUGAAUAAGAAAUCGAACCUUCAGAUAUGCAGCAGACGGGAGAAGCUCAAAACUAUUCGGGAGAAAAAUGCUGAGCGAUUGAUUAAGCAAGGUUUGCGUUGGGAGCGCGAGCGUCUCCAAAUGGAGGAUUUCAAUAGACAGCAGGAAAUCGAGCGUCGUUCGCGGCGAGAAGCUCUGCUGGAAAAAGAAAAACUCUACAUGAUCGAAGACAACGAGAGAGCUUUGAACCUGCUUCGGUUGAAGACGAAGAAGGGUCCGUGUCGCGAUAUGGACCUACGGGCUCUGUUGAUGCAGCAAAGGGUGGAACUGGGCGAGAAGAUACAGCAGCGUGAUUUCGACAUGAACGAAGAAAAGCGAAUGGAAUCCGAUCGUAGCAGUGAGAAAAAGAAGCAUCAUAAGAAAAAGAAACCUAAAAAAGCGGUUGAUGCAUUGGAUGCAUUGCUUCUUUCACCGGAGGAAGGUUACAUUUCCAUGAACCAGGCGGAAAGUCCGAGCGAUUUGGAUGGUUCGGUCACGAUAAAGAUUGAGAAGGGCAGUAAGGAUUCCGGAGACGACACGGAUCCGUUGGAUGACGUGAGUACCGCUGAUACUGGCGAAGGCGCUGCCGGUGGUGGUUCGGAGGUAGACGACGCAGAGGCAGCCGAAGCCGAAGCUAUGAAGGAGGAGAUGAACAAGGUUCUGGAAAAGAAGAAACUUAAGGCCCGCAAUGAAGAUCCCAAGAUUACGCGUUUGAAGGAGGCAGAUACCGUUGACGAUAUUUAUAAUAUUGCCGAUGAGAUCAUCGUUCUCGAGAAGAAAAAAGCCAAGAAAGGGGUCGCUCUGAAGUAAAUUGGUUGGAUUUUGGUACUUGAUGUGAAAUUGGUUUUGCGAUUCGCCACCUUAAAUUGUUUGUGAUAAAACUGUAGUUGUUGUUCGAUAUCUUGUAAAAGUUAUUUUAGUAGACCUGA